UGGCGCGAAAACAACCGCCGCCGGCGCCAUUUCUUUCUUACUCCUCCCUAUAUCUCAGUGUCCGUUAACUGAAUCUUCCUCCACGUUUAUAUAUUUAUUUAUUUAUUUAUAUAUUUUUCCCAUCUCACUGUACUUAUCCAAAAUCUGUGUCGAAUCAGUUAUUUAAUACUAGUUCAUUUAUACUUUUAUUUAUUUCUUCAUCACGGUUAUCUAUGUAACGAUCUAGAUAUCAUCUUUAAAGUCUCAGAAUUUUCAUAGAAUCCGGAAAAUCCCUUUUGUUUGCCGGGAAAAUAUGCAGGUAUUUUGCUUUUAAUUCCUGUUGAUGGUUUUUACUUGGUUUAAAUCUUCAAUAAGUUUGAUGAAUUAUAUCUCACAAGGGUUUUACGGUAUGAAAUACAGAAGAGUUCAAUUUUGAUCAGUUUUCUGGAGCAGUUUUUAACUGAUUCGGAUAGCAUACAGUGAUUUUUCAUCUGAAUUGAUUUUUUUUUACCGGCCCCCUUUUCCGAUAAUUUAUUGAGCUUUGUUUUUACGGAGAUUACAUGUAAUCUAUUGUGCUGGUAAAUUUAGGAACAAAAUCUGACAAAGCGCAGAACUUUUAUUUGUUCAAUGCAUAUAUUCAUGUAAAAUUCCUCCAUAUUUUUCAAUUUUCGAUGGUGUAAAAAAAAUUAGGAAUGCAUCGGUCGUUGUUCCUGCAAUCCUCAGAGUGACGCUAAAGGUCAAAACUAGAAUUAUUUCUCUAGUCAUUUAUGAGCAUAACGAUGUUUUUUUUAAUGGUGGAAUUAACUGUUUGUUUUUUGUUGAUUUGUGUAUUGUUUGUCGUCUUGAGUUCAUGGGGAUGGACAAUGAUCUCUACCUGCACAUGGUGUCCCAUUACUGUUCCCAUCACCCUACAAUUUGUUUUUUAUUUUUUCUAUUUUUCAUCUUUUGAUAUGGAUUAGUUUAGUUUCCCACCUUCUUUAUUGUGAAAUAAAUUUUUGUCGUUGUUCGAUUAAGAGGUUUAUUAGUCUAGUUUGCUUCGAGAAACCCUGUUUGUCCCAAGAAAAAGCUUUGAAUUUUCCACUUGAUCCAAAAAUGAGACUAUAAUUUAUUUAUUUUACUUAUUUUAACUUUUUACUUCUUCUAUUGAGUUCUUGGGUGACAGCAAGGGAAGUGCAUUGCGUGUGGGAGCAUUCAAUCACAAUUAAUCACUCUGUGGAUGUUUUUCUGUGAGUAGGGGGUGGGGGUGGGGGGGGGCUGGUGAACUUAUCAUUUUCAUUGAAUUCCCUUUCAUGAAAAGGAGUUGGUGGGGGAAAGAAGGGGCAGGACAGAAGGGCUAAUGUGAGUCUACCGUACUUAAUGGGUGUAAGUGUGUGUGUGUGUGUGAAUUGCAUAUGCAGCUCCAGCCCAGCCAGCCAUGGCAUUCUCGUGAGAGAGACAAAGGCUGGGGGACCGGGAAUGAGAUCAAGACAGUGAGAUAAAAUAUCCAUAAGAGGCCAUUUUUAGCCUAGACAGCUUUACCAAUAGUUGUUCUACUUCCCUUUCCCACCAUUUCCAAUUUUUGUGGAGCUAAACUAAACCCACUUGCUCUUUGCUUGUCAUAGCAACUGUAACUUGUUGUGUUUACUCAUCUGCAACUGCUGCUGUUCUUCUCAUUAUAAGCCUAGUAGCUAUGUGAUCUGGGCUGCUGUAGGUGGUUAGAGGAAACCCCAUUUGUGUCUGUUUGCUGGAUGGUUUGAGAUCUGAUUGCCUGUAAAGAUAUUUUCAGAAAGGGAAAGGAUCUCCUUUAAGAAGUAUAUUUGUUGAAUUGUCAAUAGAUUAAUUGGGUUCGGUGACAGCGUGUUUACUAGUAUGUUCAUACUUGUUGUGAGAUGAUCAGAAACAUUAAUGAGGUUUAAUCUGCUCUAUUUGGAUGGAUGUAUGUGAGUCAGAGAGAGCAGUAGGGAAGCAAUCUGCAACAGUGACUUUGAGGCCACCACUUGUCUCAGCUGACAACAAGAAUGGAGCCGCCACACGCAGGUGCCGAACCAGAGAAGUUAGCUCGAGGUAUAUGUCGCCGACGCGGUCUGCAGCCACCGUUCCAAAACGCUGCCCUUCACCAAAUGCCGGCAGGGCAUCUAUGGUUUCAACCGUGCCGCUACCAAAGAGAGCUGAAUCAGCUGAAAGAAGACGCCCGUCUACACCGUCAUCACCACGUCGUCCUUCUCCAUCAACGCCAGUUCAGGAUACAGCUGCAGCAAUACUAGUGACACCAAGAAAGGCAUCGAGUAACAAAUCGUCGCCAGACUCUUUAUGGCCAUCCACGAUGCGAAGUCUCAACGCUUCCUUUCAAUCUGAUGUCGUUGGUGCCCCAAUUGGUAAGAAAGUUUCUCGUACGCUCUCUGAUCGCACUCUGAAGCCGCCGUCUAAUGUUGCUCGUAAGGGUGAAUCACCAACUGCAAGAAAACCUACGCCAGAGAAAAAGAGAAGCCCUCUCCGAGGAAAGAAUUCUGCUGAUCAGUUGGAGAAUUCUAAACCUGUUGAUAGCUUACCACCUUCUCUACUAGAUCAACAUCGAUGGCCGAGCAGAGCAAGUGGGAGAGCAUCCUCUAUCCCAAGUAGAAGUGGUGCUACUGAGAAGGUGAAUCAAGCUCCUUCUUUAUCUCAUUCGAGGAUGGCUACGCCUUCCAUUAGGAGAUUAUCUCUGGAUGGGACAAGCAAACCGGUAAGGAAAAGUGCGAGCGAUCUUUUAAUGCCUACAUCUCAUGUUGAGAGUGAGAAACAGAUGUUUUGUGGAAGUGCGGUUCAUGAUGGUUCACAAAAGUUGCAGAGGCCUUCCUCGUCGAGUUCAUCAGAAAGAUCAUCAUUGAUGAGUGCAGCAGCUAGGACUCAGUCAUUACCAAUCCCUAGAUCACGCCCCUCAUCACCCUCGGUGUCUAGAGGGGUCAGUCCAUCACGAGGCAGGAUUGUUAACCCGUCUUCUAGAGGUACUAGUCCUGCUAGGGUGAGGCCAUCGAGCCCGUCCAGACAACCUCAGGAUACUUCUGUACUUAGUUUUAUUGCGGAUAUUAGGAAAGGCAAGAAGGCUGCUAAUGACAUUGAAGAUGUCCAUCAGCUAAGGCUGUUGUAUAAUAGACAUUUGCAAUGGCGAUAUACAAAUGCUCGAACUGAUGCUGCAAUGCGUUCUCACAAAGCGAAAGCAGAGAAAAUGUUAUACAACAUAUGGAGGGUAAUCAUAGAUCUGUCGGAUUCAGUCAGAAAGAGAAGAUCUAACCUCCAGCAGCUGAGGCUUAAGUUGAAGCUUUACUCAGUUUUGGUCGAUCAAGCGAGUUGUCUUGAUGAGUGGGCUUCAAUUGAGAGAGACCAUACUAACUCAAUAACCUGGGCCAUCCAAGAUUUGCAGGCUAGCACUCUCCGGAUUCCAGUCACUGAAGGAACGAGGGUAGAUAUUAGAUCUGUCAAAGGAGCUAUGUGCUCUGCUGUUAAUGUGAUGAAGGCUAUGGCUUCCUCUUUACGCUCCAGUCUCCAGCAGGUGGAGGGUAUGAACUCCUUGGUGUCGGAACUUGCUGAUGUGGCAGCGCGUGAAAGAGCCGUGCUUAAUGAAUGUGAAUCACUUUUUGGCUCCAUAGCUGCUUUGCAGGUGGAAGAAGACAGUCUGAGAACUCAUCUGUUGCAGAUGAAGCAAUCUUGGAGGGGUGACCAACUUUCCUUAAUUGGGUACUAAGAUGAUUCGAGUACACGAUGAUGCAUGCUAACAAAUCUCGAUUUUUGCCUCGGCUCCAUGAUGAAAUACAACAUCAUACUAUCUUCUUAUAGUGAGUGUAUACCAAUGCUUCUACCUCACACUUUGUCAUAAUUUUUUUUUCCUACUUUUAGUUAGAGUUUUUAGUUUGCUUUUCCAUUUUUUCUUCCUUAGAGUAGUCUGCUUCUCCACAUGUAUUUAUUUUGUAAAAAGAAUGUGAAAGAAAGCAUUGAAAUAUAAUGAAAAAUUCGCCCCUGCUGUUGUGGGUGUCAACUUCUAUUGGUUCCA